ACAACCAUCGCAUCACACGGCACCGCCGUCUGCCCGUCUUCACCCACCCUCCCUCCCCUGCGCACACGUUGCUGGGGACUCGAGCUUCGGUCUCUCCGCUCAUGGCGUCCAUGGAGGCGCCCCCCCAGGCGGCUGCGCAGGACAGGGACUACAAGCUGAUGAAAGAGGCCGUCUGCGAGGCUUACCGGGCAGUCGACCGCGGCGACGGGGGCCCCUUCGGAGCAGUCAUCGUCCGUGACGAUGCCGUGCUAGUCAGCUGCCACAACCUGGUUAGGAAGAACACUGAUCCGUCGGCACACGCUGAGGUGACAGCAAUAAGACAGGCGUGCAGGAGACUGGGAAAAGUCGACCUCUCAGACUGCGAAAUCUUCGCGUCAUGCGAGCCAUGCCCGAUGUGCAUCGCCUUGAUUCGGGCAUCCAAGAUCAAGAAGGUGGUGUAUGGAGCCAAGGCGGAGGCGGCCGUCGCCGCCGGGUUCGACGCCUCCAUCCCAGAAGCUUUCGUCGAGUACUACCGGAAAUCCGGCAUCGAGAUCAGGCAGGUCCAGGGCGAGGCUGCUCGGAUCGCCGAUAAGGUCUUUGAGAAGCCAUGGGAAAUUCCUGGUGAAGCAAUGCAACGGAGAAGAACAGGUGGAGGAUGGUUUGAGAAGGCCAAGGGAAUGGUGAUUCGUUGUCUGUGGAACUAGCAGCUGAAAUGUGUGAUCUGUGCCGGCCGUGCACAUCCAGUGAUGAAGAUUGUACUAAGUUGUCAAUAAACAGGAACAUGGUCCAUUGCGCUGCGUCUUUAGAAUCGUCCCAUCAAUAGAACGUUAGUGGGGGAUUGAAUGAAUGUUGUCAAGGGAAAAGAUCGACUUCCCCAAGUUACCGCUUCAAAGCAUAUUUACAAUGGCAAAUGUGAGCUAAUAAGUGCAGCUCAGUUGAUUGUGUUUCUUAUUACGGUGAAACUUAUCUGUACAUUUAUGGCUAAUUGUAGAUGAUGUGCUCAUCGAGAGCGAGGACAUAUUUG